AUGAAAGGUGUUAAGCAAUUUGAUAAGAAUAGGAAACUGAGCCAGAGGUAUGUUGGCCCUUUCCAGAUUCUGGAAAAGAUUGGAACUGUCGCUUAUAGAAUUGCCUUGCCAGACUAUUUUGGAGAAUUUCAUGAUGUUUUCCAUGUGUCAUCACUAAAGAAGAGCUUUGGACAACAAGAGCCACUUUUCUUUGACCCAAAAAGCGUUCAACUUCAGCCUAACCUCACUUAUGAAGUUGUACCGACUCAAAUCAUGGACAGAAAGGAACAACAAUUGAGAUCCAAGACGAUACCUUUAGUUAUGCAUGUAUGUUCACCAAGUUAUGCAGAUUUGCAUAUCAUGGAUUUGGUUUAUGAAUUCCACUUCUGGCCAUGGUUUGCAUCUAAUGUUGCAAUGGUGGUACCUGCAAUCUUGUUUCAGCAACAAUCUGUGAAGAGGGAGCUGUCUGAGUAUUAG